AAGGAUUAUCUUCAGCGUUAUGUUGGGUUAGGACCUUGUGCAGAGAAUUAGGAAAGAGAAGGAAGAUGGAUAACAUAACAGCGAGUGAAAUUGCAGGGUUUGGGGUGGGAACCCUCCUUCUAUGUGCUACCAUUGCUGCCCCAAAAGUAGAUUCUCUCAUUUCUGCUUCACAAAGGAGUUCUCUGGGAAUGUGCAAGAGAUGUGGCGAUCUUAGGAUGAUUGCCUGCUCAAGAUGUAAAGGCAGAGGAUCACUCAAAUCAAGUGGGCCAUUCAGUUUUAACCUCAUAGAUGACUUGUCUCAGUCAUUUGGUGGUGGUGAGCCCAAGGUGAAAUUAGUUGCUUGCACAAAAUGUAAAGCCAAAGGUCAGUUCUGCUGCCCAGAAUGCUCCGAGUAUGCUCCGAGUUAAAUCUCUUUUUAAGUCUUGUAAAAAAUAUUAUCAUCCUUCCUGAUCCCCACUACUGAAGUGGAUGAAUAUUGCAGUCUCCACUUUGAACAAGUGACAAUCAUCCACUCUGUUCCCAUGGGAACCAGCACUCAAAUCAUCAGAUUGUGAUAUGUCAUAUUAUUGUAUAUUUUUUAUAUAUAUAUAUAUAUCCAUUUUCCUGUCUUUGUAACAAAAUAAUCCAAGUCUGAUUAGUUAUUAAAUUCCAAA